UGAAAUUAAAGGAAGGAGCUGCUCGCGCGUUUCCGUUGUGUGUAGCGCGGUGUGUGUGACUUUCUUCUGUUUCUUCAUUUAAAAAAAAACACUUUUCAGCCAUAUCUCAUCCCGCUUCAUAUUAAAACCCGAAAGCGAGAGGAACGCCGCCAGAAUGACGGAGGAGGUGCAGAAGCACUCUGUCCAUACACUGCUCUUCAGGUCACUGAAGAGGACUCAUGACAUGUUUGUGUCUGACCACGCUAAGCCAGUGUCCCUGGACGAAAAGAGUCACAAGGUGAAGAUGCUGGUGAAGCUGAGGACUGAGUACGGUCCAGUCUUACACAUGCCUGUUCUGAAAGAAGUCAGAGGAAAACCUCUCAACCCCUCUGACCCCAUUGACAGCUCAGGAUACCUGCCGGCCGAUGAUGCAGAAUAUCUCAUCACAGGAACCCAUCCAUACCCACCCGCACCAGGUGUGGCCCUCACAGCGGACACUCAGCUGCAGAAAAUGCCCAGUGAAGCUGGAGUUCAGUCUAUGGCUCUAGCUCUGCCUCCAUCUCAAGCAAGACAGGAUGCGGUUCGUACUGCAGCCAGUGUUGGAGACAUCCACAGACAUGCUGGAGGAGCUGAGCGAUCCCAGCCUCCACAACACACCCUGGCUCUAAUGGAAGGAGGAGGAAUGAAGAAUACAGCUCUGGUUCCCAGGAAAGCUCCGACCAUGCCCAAACCACAGUGGCACCCACCAUGGAAACUCUACCGGGUUAUCAGUGGUCAUCUGGGGUGGGUGAGGUCUAUUGCAGUGGAGCCUGGAAAUCAGUGGUUCGUCACUGGAUCUGCAGACAGAACUAUAAAGAUUUGGGAUUUGGCCAGUGGUAAGCUGAAGCUGUCUCUGACUGGUCACAUCAGCACAGUGAGAGGUGUGGCAGUCAGCUCACGCAGCCCGUACCUGUUCUCAUGUGGAGAGGACAAACAGGUCAAAUGCUGGGAUCUGGAGUACAAUAAGGUAAUCCGGCACUACCACGGUCACCUGAGUGCUGUUUAUGACCUGGACCUUCAUCCCACCAUUGACGUUUUGGUGACGUGCAGUCGAGAUGCUACAGCCAGAGUUUGGGACAUAAGAACCAAAGCAAAUGUCCAUACUCUGACUGGACACACUAACACGGUUGCCACAGUGAAGUGUCAGAAUUCUGAACCUCAGAUCAUUACAGGGAGCCACGACACCACGAUCCGAUUGUGGGAUCUGAUAGCUGGAAAGACAAGAGCCACACUGACUAAUCACAAGAAAUCUGUCCGAGCUGUCGUUCUGCAUCCGCGACAAUACACUUUUGCUUCAGGCUCCCCAGACAACAUCAAGCAGUGGAAAUUUCCAGAUGGAAACUUCAUUCAGAAUCUCUCCGGACACAACGCAAUCAUCAACACACUCGCUGUCAACUCUGAUGGUGUGCUGGUUUCUGGAGCUGAUAAUGGUACAGUCCACCUGUGGGACUGGAGGACGGGUUAUAAUUUCCAGCGGAUCCAUGCAGUGGUCCAGCCUGGCUCUCUGGACAGCGAGUCCGGAAUCUUCGCAUGCGUGUUUGACCACUCAGAGAGCCGCCUCAUCACCGCCGAAGCCGACAAAACCAUCAAAGUGUACAAGGAGGACGACACAGCGACUGAGGAAACCCACCCGAUCAACUGGAAGCCGGAGAUUAUCAAGAGAAAGCGAUUUUAAAGUCUUCAGCUUUGUUUUGUGGUGUUCGCUGUUUUCUGUUGACAAGACACACCUGCUGCCCUGUAUUCACCCCUAAAUGCAUUAGCAUUGUUGCAGUAACAUUUUAAAGGGAAUUCAGCUGUUCUUUCAAAAUGUCUGCAGUGGUGGAGACGUAAACAAAGUCAUUCAGAGUGGUUUGAUGUGAAAUGGUUUAAUGCAGAGACUCAAAUGUCUUUACAGUGGUGGUGAUGGGAACCAGGGGUCACAAGGUCUACAACACAAACACAGAUAUUUUAUUUACUGUCCAAAACCACCAGUGAACCCACGCGUGUCUUCUGACUUUUUAUAUGCAAUGUUGAUGAAAGUAAAAAAGUGUUUAGCAAUAGCUUUAAAACCUUUCCACCGUGAUUUACACAUAAAACCAGUGUCUCAGAUAUCAGGCAGUGUAUUUAUAAACAUUUUGAACAAUAAAGUUCGGUGAUGAAGCUUUGAGGUGGACGUCUUGAUCCUAUCACCACCACUCACACACAUUUCAUACUAAACCAUACUGAAUGAUUUUUUUUUUUUUUAAAACAUCUCAGCGAUUAGUUAAGCAUGUAUUUUGGGGAAAAAACCUUUUAAUGAACAUCAUGAAUUUUGGGACUAGAAUCACUACAAUCUUGGUUGUAGUGAUCGAAAUGAAACAUCUUUCCAGAACAUUUUACUCAACAUAGCAUUUGCAAGUAAUCUGUGAAUUAGAUAGUGUCUGGUGUGUCUUCCAGAAGGUUUUUCUGAAUGUUUUCUGUGGGCUAAGCAGGUAUUUCUCCAUUUGUCUGUUCUGGCUUUUAGGCUAAAUUACACAAAAAAUGCUUUUCAUGGUUUGUAAAUACGUUUUCUGGCUCCUGUGUUUCAGGCCUAGCAAAGCGGUUGAAAUAUGAACUUUCCUUGGGUUCAUGUUUAUUACCAUUUCUUUUCAAAGGGAGCCGUUAAAACCUGUCCAGUGCCAGUUGGAUGAUGUGGUGUUUGUAGAAUUGGCUUUGCUACUCAUGGCAUUUAUCAUGAAUGCAGCAUUUUGUAAAAUAAAGACCCAGAAAUCAC